AUGGUGUCCUUUUCUGUACUUACUCUGGCUUUUGCCGGGUCUAUCGCGACUGCAAAUGCCGGUGUGACCACCUCGCUGAAAACCGUCCGAAAUGCGAAUGCUGCCGGACUGAGCAAGCAUGCACGCUCGUUGGCCAGGUAUGGCGGUGCUGUUCCUGAGCGUCUGGCGCAGUUGUUGCCUCGGGGUCGGGAUACCGGCUCCGUCGGAGGCACCUAUGAUGCUGCGAAUGGCGAGUGGAUUUCUCCCGUUUCGAUUGGUACUCCGCCUCAGGAAUUAGGCUUGAUUCUUGACUCUGGCUCAUGGGAUCUUAUUGUUUACAGCACCCAAUCAGACCCAUCAGACCUCCCGGCAAACAUCUCUCUCUACGACCCAGCCAAAAGUAGCUCCGCUCGCUCUCUCGAAGGCUACUCGUUCGACAUCAUCUACGGAAACGGUGACACUCAAACCGAAGGGGACAUCGAGUGCAGCGGUGAUGUGUUCCGGGAUGUCGUUACCAUCGGCGGCGUAACUGCCGCAUCACAAGCCGUCGAGUCGAUUGUCAAUUACACCGCUGGAUUCGCCACUCUCGGCGCCACGGGCAUCGUGGGAAUGGCCCUAAGCAAGAACAACACUGUUAAGCCUGUCAAGCAAAAGACAUUUUUCGACAGCAUUAAGAAUGAGCUCGAGAAGCCCGUAUUUGUCGCGGACUUAUAUCUCGAGGCAGACUCGCAUUUGGAUUUCGGAUACAUCAAUAAGAGCUUGAUUGAGGGACCUAUUACCUGGGCUGAUGUCGACACUGAUGAUAGUCAGCAGGGUUGGUGGUCGAUUACUAUUGACGCAUACCAGGUUGGAUACGAAGAGCCUGUUGAAGGCGAGUUCCAGACCAUCGUGGAUACCGGCACUACAAAUCUUCUUUUCCAGAACGAUAUCGUCGGCGCCUACUACGACCAAGUCCCUGGCUCGGUCAAUAGCACCGAGUUCGCCGCAUUUUUGAUCCCGUGCGACGCUGAUCUGCCCGAUUUUACAGUAACCAUCAGCGGCAGACCGUUCACCAUUCCCGGUAGUCUGCUCAAUCUUGAGGCCAUCAACAGCACUACCUGUGUGGGCAACAUCCAGGUCAUUCCUGCAUCUACCAUUGGCGGAAUUGUCCAGCCUAAUGCCUGUUUGGGCGCGACUUUUAUGCUGCCUUAUCUCACUGCUUUUGAUUUGGGAUCGUUGCAGGUUGGAUUUGCGCAGAAGCGGUACAUUGAGAAUGCCACUUUUGUGUAA